AUGCCAGGGCUUGGAAAAUCCGUCUACCAUGUAUUGUUUCACCUUUCGCGGUAUUUUUGUGCCGCCGUGGUGGCGGCGCUGCUUCUCCUCGCCCUCAGUGGCGGUUCACUCGCCGGGACACGCAUACGCGUCGACUCCAACAGUGGCGGGGCAAAAAGUGAUACCACGUGGACCGUGAGGACGACGACGCCCCCUACAGCUGCCGCGCCGGGGUCGCUUCAGGAGGCGUGUCACACGGAGAUGAAGCUGUACUGCAGCGACCACCCUAUCUCCCCUCUGCGCUGUCUCGUGGAGCAGUACUACCACACCACCAAGAACAACGGUGAGGAGCCACGUCGACGGACGUCCGCGCUUUACUCAGACGUGUGCGGAUCAUGGUUGGCUGCGCGCGAGGCGUGUCUUGGCUUUGUGCAUCAGCGCGGCCGUGAACUCUGCGGGAACUCCGUGGGUGAGGUGCGUGAGUGCCUGCGGCAGAUCCCCCCUCUGGUGCUUCCGCACGCGUGCGUGACGAGCGCCUACUACGAAAGUGUGCGACUGGUUGGAAAGUUGCGCCAGCACCAAAACGAGGAUGCUCGGCUGCGCCUGCUUCGCAAGAAGUUGCCGUAG